AUGCAGCAUAAAGUUUCCCUGUUGCGUCGGACAGCCUGGCCUAUCGGGGACCCUUCCGAUCGCGACCCGGCCACUACGACCGCUUCCGAGCUCUAUGAAGGAAAGGCGACGCUCAAUCCAUUUUCUGAUAGCGCGGGAAAGCAAGCAGAAGGGAAACUGAGGUCGCGGUUCGUGAAAAUCAACGAGGGCCAGUGGCGUGGCGCGUUUCUGCACUACGAUGUGAACGGCCGUCUGCUACACAGAGUGCCCGCACGCCUCUCUGCUACAGCCUCUGGACGGGGAGAGAACAGCUCCCUGCUACAGACAUUAAGUGUGAAGCAAGCACACACAAGUGGGGAGGAGGGAGGGGAGGAGUGGGUGGACAUCAAACUAGAGGAGGUCAAUCGGAUCACAGCAGCCAAUCGCCUUCAGGUCGCCUGGUUCGCACAACAUAAAGCUUACGCUCUCAGCCAUCAAACCGCAGAGGACCUAGUGAGGGCACUGGCAGUGGGGGUGGUGGGAGGAGAGGCGGCAGAUGACGACGAAGCAGCAGAGGUCAUCGGAGGGGUGAAGCUGCCGUCCCGCCGCCCCGCUCUCGUCAGCGAAACAUGCCUCUAUCUCUCCGAACCUGCUUCCGAACCAGCUUCCGAGCCUCCGUCUGAAUCAAAUUCGGAAGAGGAUACAAAUUGGGGGAAUCGGAGGGUGCGUGCGUUCCAUGUGUUGGACUCCAAGGGGAUGAUCGACACGCUGGGUGUGUUUGUAGAGGAAAGAGAAUUAGCGGGUGAAGAUGAAGAUGAUUCAGGGGCAACAUCAGCCCAUGUCAGAGAGCUACUGGAGGCACGACCAGACCCCACCAACGCUCCAAUCCCCUCCUCGCGCCUGGCACUAAUGCUGGGCGAGUGGGACGGCACCUCCACCACCCACCGAUCGGCCAUCUAUGGGGAGACGGUCACUCAUUCGACCUCCAACAUUUUCCUCACCCGCUUCAGCGACGGGAGCUUGGGACUGGUAAGUCACGCCUUCUCGUCUCCUCCAUCCCCCCCUUCUGUGCGUUGCUGGCUGGGCGAGUGGGACAGCACCUCCACCACCCACCGAUCGGCCAUCUAUGGGGAAACGGUCACCCACUCGACCUCCAACUUCUUCAUCACCCGCUUCAGCGAUGGCAGCCUGGGCCUGGUGAGUCACCCUCUCUCUCUUCCACACUCAGCUCUCAAGAGUGACUUGGAGGAGACGCGGGGAGACCUCUGCUUCAGGCGGAGGGGAGCCGUUACCAACCACACAGAGGCAGCUCCCGAAGCUACGGCCACCUCUUCCGAAGCUGGAGGCUCGGAAGAUCAGAUUGGGCAGGAGCAGCAGGUUGGGGGUGGGCGGGUGGUGCUGGACGGAGGGCAGCAGAUCACUCUCCUUCCCGGCGGCCUUGCUCUCUCCGCGCCCUGCUGUGUGCCCCGCGGCCGAGCCUUCUUCUUUGAAACCAUCCUGGCGGAACCAGGAGAUAGAGGAGGGGCAGGAGUUGCGGUGCCUGGAGCACAAGGGUGGCAGCGGCGGCGCGUGGUUCGGACGUACGAUCCGGAUGGUUUGGUGGUGUCAAGUUCAGUGUUUGCUGAGAGGAAGCUGGGAUGA